GCAAACAUUUUGGAUCACAACUAAAAUAAAUUUUGACGAAUCUAUUUGUUUUUUUGCUAGCCAGUCUGCACAAUAAAUUGAUUUCAGUGAAAGUUCAGUAAAGGUUUCGAUAUCGCAUCGUAUCUCCAGUCGUUAUUGAGAUCUCUGUGAAGUAUAAAAAAAGGGGGAGAAAAGAAGGCGCGUUGUCUCAACAUUAGCUAACUCGUUGCUCGUCUUUCAGACAUUAUGGCGUGUCUAAGAGAACUGAAGCUGCAAAUCAAGACACUGGAGAAAAUCUUCACAAAGAGCCACGAGCGCUUCCAGACACUGAACUCCAGCCUGGACGAAAUGGAGUUUCGAUUCAUCGACGAGAACGGCAAGCGAUAUGACAUCAUGGCGAGCAUAACACCGGAUUACCCCUCGUCGCCGCCACUCUGGUUUGCCGCGAGCGAGGAGACAAGCGUCGUCAGUGCCGUGCAGAUACUCAGUCGCACGGAUGGGCCCGACAAUCACCUGAUCUGCCAGGUGCGCAUUCUGCUCCACGAGCUCUGUCAGUUGCACAACGUGGCACUGCCGCCCGAUGUGGACAACCUGAAGUUUCCAAUGGACGCGCCCCCGGCUGAGGAACCACUCGGUUCCUGCGAAGAAGGCGACUCCGAUGAAGGCGAAUUCGAUUUUGCCGCUGGGGCAGGCUGCGAGCAGGAGCAGGAGAGCGAUGCCGAUGCCGACACCGAUAUAGAUAUUUUAAUAGAUUUGGAAGCUGAUGAUGAUAAGAGCAAUGCAGACUUAAAGAAGGAAGAUUCGGCCACACUAGACAGGGUGCGUAGACAACUAAGGAACUCCCAAAUGGGGAGUUCCAAAUACUCCUCUGUACAGUCAUCCGAUCGCUUGAUGAAGGAACUGCUUACUGUUUUCCAAUCGGAAGCCGUCAAAAAAGAUAUUUACUCCGUGGAACUCGUCGAUGACUCUAUUUUCGAGUGGAACGUACGUAUCAAGUCUGUGGAUCCGGACAGCAAUCUGCACAGCGAUCUGAUGAAGCUGAAGGAAGCGGGCGAAGAGGGAUGCAUACUACUUCACAUUAGCUUCAACGAUAAGUAUCCAUUCGACCCGCCGUUUGUGCGCGUCGUGUCUCCAGUCAUCCAAAACGGAUAUGUCCACUCGGGCGGUGCUAUCUGCAUGGAGCUGUUGACGAAGCAGGGCUGGAGCUCCGCCUACACCGUGGAGGCGAUGAUAAUUCAAAUAAGUGCCACACUCCCCAGAGGCAGUGCCCGGGCUCUGUUGGAUUCGAAAUCGUACCAGUAUAAUCUACCCCGAGCCCUGGAGAGUUUUAAGCACAUCAUGAAGUAUCACGAAAAAGGUGGCUGGUAUACACCGCCGAAGAGCGACGGCUAAGGGUUAGGGAAUCGCUUUGAUCUGAAUACCAAACACUACUAACCACAACCCACCACCCACUCAACAUUCUACCAUAGUCUAUACACAUUCUCAGAAGAAUCUAAUCCAUUAUUCACUAACGAAUAAGUACGAAGUAACGAAUGUUAUUGUUUCCCUUUUUUAAAAAGUAUUAAAUAUUUGAAAUGUAAUCUCAAGCAGAAGAACAGAAAAAUCAGCAGUCGAAGAUAUAAAAUUUCAAAGUUUAUUCGUACCAAUAGACAAAGGUAAACUAAAAUACUGUAACACAUACCAAGAGAAGAAAAUAAUUGAAGACUUGGGCAGGAACUCAGUUGAUUAAAAAGAACAUUGGCUUUUUAGAAUGAAACGAGUGAAAUUUUUGGGAUUUAAAUGUAUUCAAAUGUUUAAAUAAAACAAUCAGGUUGAAUAAUAAA